AUGUCGGGCCGCCUUAUGGCUGCACUCUGUCUCAGGGACGUGGAGGUCAGAGACCCUGGCCCUGGAAGAUUCCUUUUACUCGUAGACGAUCUUCUUUGCUAUUCUUCCACCCAAAAUUCCCUACUGUGUAUCUCUCCCUUUCUGAAAACUCCGGGUACGAUGCUCGCCUGUCUGCUCACUCGGGACAGGCCCCCAUCCAUGACCCAUCGCGACGUCGAGAUCCGUCCAGAACCCACUCAGAUCGCCGACCCCACCGGGUACACGCCGCCCGCUGGAGUCGCUCUCCUUUCCGUGAUUAAGUUGCCGCCCCAACUCCAGCUGCUCGCUCUUUCUGCUCGCUCCAGACUAUAUUAUCACUUCACGCCCACUGCCCUUCGUUCUUUACCACAAUACCAACAACCCUCAUUCUCAAUCAUGCGCUACUCUCUCGCUCUGGGUGCCCUUUGCGCCGCUGGUGCCUUGGCCAACAAUGUUGACAAGCGUUCUUAUGUGACCGACUGGACCGUUGUCACCUUGACCACCACCAUCACCGAGUACCCUACUCCCACGGUCUAUGAGAACGUUGCCGCGCAAGAGGCCACUGCUGCUGCUGCUGCUUCCUCCUCCAGCGCCGCUGCCGUUGCCGCUGCCGCCGAGUCAUCCAGCUCUGCCGCCGCUGCUGCUGCUGCCGCCUCCGCCUCUGCUGAGGCCAGCACUUCGUCUGUUGUCACUCCUGUUGUGGAGACCACCGCCGCCGCGACCACUGCUGCUGCUGUCGCCACUUCCGCUGCUGAGGAGGUUGCUACUUCCUGGACCUCCGCCUGGACCUCCGCUUGGACUUCGUCCUGGUCCUCGACUGUCGCGCCGUCCACCACCCUUGCGACCUCGACCUCGUCCAGCGCUAGCUCGACCGCCACCAGCGCUUACCAGUCCGCGGUCUUGUACAACCACAACGUCCACCGCAGCAACCACUCCGCUAGCUCCGUCGAGUGGUCUUCUGACUUGGAGUCGAGCGCCUACACCCUGGCAGCCAAGUGUGUCUAUGAGCACGACACUUCCAUUGAUGGCGGUGGCUACGGUCAGAACAUUGGAUAUGGUGUUGAGGCUUCCGAGAUUGGCGUCAUGAUCACCAACCUCAUGUACAACGACGAGAUGGGCUACUACACUGACCUGUACGGCGAGGCCGACCCUGACAUGACCUACUUCGACAACUGGGGCCACUUCUCCCAGAUUGUCUGGGCUGCCACCACCCACGUUGGUUGCGCUACCGUCACCUGCGACAGCCUGGGUAAUGUUGAUGCCUCCGAGGCUCUGCCCUUCACAGUCUGCAACUACAGCCCUGCCGGAAACUAUGAGGGAGAAUAUGCCACCAACGUCAAGCGCCCUCUCGGCCAAGCUGUUUACGUUGCGUCCUAGAUGGCGAGAGAUGAUUUCGCGUGACUGUGCCUGGAGACCGUCGCUCUUGCACCAUGUCAAAGAAAAGUCGGUUUCCCCGCACCUGACGGGUAAAACGGUCAGCUUUGCCAUGACGGGCGUUGGGGAUAUCGAUGCAUUGGGUUAGAGCUGCCUGUGAUGGAAGUAAAACACCUGUCCCUGAUCCGUCUGGUGCAAGGGCGAUUCUCUGGCCACCGGCCAUGUGCGAACAUCGAACAAUGGAGAAUCUGACGAUCAUCAGUCCUUUUUUGAAAUUUAAAUCUCAUUUCGCCUUCGCACUGUCUAUUUGUUUUUGAUAAUAAGCUUGUCUUCGUCCGAGACAUGUCCUGCGCUUGUUUCAGGCCCGGAUCGCCAAGACGCUCUGACGGAGGUUCCAUCUGGGGAAGAUCUACCCUACCGCUUGCCCGAAGAACCGAAACAGGAUCCACCCGACCUCGGAGCCCGUGGGCUAGAGCAGGUGCACGGCGUGACUUGC